AUGAAUGAAACGGACAUCAUAUUGGUUCAUUUGCCAAACGGAACCGCAAAAAGUGUCCGCUUUGAUUUCCAAACAAAAGUUCAGAAAGUUAUCUGUGUGGUAUUGUCAUCUGUAGGCAUUUAUCGUGUGUCUUUUAAACAUUUUGCUUUGCGAUUGAAACAGAUAUCAAUCGGGUCAACAUGUAGCAAAAAUGAUGAUUGUCAGUGGUUACAUUCAAGUCUUACAAUGCGUGAUGUAUACGACAAAUUUUUCAGUAACCAGUCUAAUCCCACUCAGCAGCGGUUUGAGUUGCGCAUACGAUUCAUACCAAAAGAUCUUCAAGAAAUGUACCAAACACAGUUGGAUGCAUUCAUGUUUUUGCAUGAACAAGUUUUAGCUGAUUAUUUAACUCAGAUAUCGUGGAAAGUUCCUGAAGAAACAGCAAUGGAAUUAGCUGCAUUACAAAUACGUAAAGAGCUUGGAAGUCAAAAUAUGUGUGCUGUCGAAAAGUUUAUUAAUUUGGAUGAACUCGAAGCUGGUGGAACUCUCUCACGCUUACUACCACAAGCUAUGCUUGCAAAGUUGAAAUCAAAACAGUUGAGGAAAGCGUUGGUUGCUGCUGUAAAAAGGCAUAUACCUCUUACCUCCGUAGAAUGUAUUUUUCGUUUUCUGGAGAUUGUCAAACGUAUUACGCAGUUUGAUAUUGAAAUAUUCAAAGCUUCUUUGGGUAUGGUAUGGAAGUAUCCACUAGAUGUUAUGGUUGGAAUGGUUGUAGGAAUCUCUUACGUUGUAGAUGGCCGUUGCGAGCCUACACUGUUAGCGCAACUGCAACACGUCAGUAGUUUGGUUCUGUCAAAAUCAGACAAUAUGUCCCAGAAAACGAUAGUUAGUUUGAAAAUCAGUGGAAGUACCCAGCAUCUGAAUAUUAUUCUGCCAACGUGGUCGAUGGCUGAAUCUUUAGCGCAUCUAAUUGACGGUUAUCACAUAUUGUUGCAACAAGGAUCUAUUUGGGCUCCAUCCAAUGUUGCGGAUGGAUUCAAAAUGAAAUUUAUGACGAUUUCAGUUAUAAACAAGGUUUGUAUAAAUCGUUCACAAAUAACAUUGGAAGAAUUGUUGGGAGACGGUCAGUUUGGCAACGUUUACAAAGGAACAUUUACGAACGAAGAUAAUGAAGUGGAUGCAGUUGCCAUAAAGGUCUGCAAAAUUGAUAAUGAGAUCGUUGGCAGACACAAUUUUGUUGAAGAAGCUUUCACAAUGAAUCGGUUUCAUCACCAACAUAUUAUUGCACUGAUAGGGAUUUGUGUAGAAAUGCCAGUUUGGAUUGUUAUGGAAUUAGCUCCUUUCGGCGAACUUCGCCAGUAUUUGAUAUGUAAUUGCGAAACAGUUGACUUAUCAAUACAGCUUCUGUUCAGUGAGCAACUCAGUUCUGCCAUUUUUUAUCUGCAUUCAUGCAAAUAUGUACAUCGUGACAUAGCCGCUCGUAAUGUACUUGUAUCAUCGCCACGUUGUGUGAAGUUGUCUGAUUUUGGUUUGAGUCGAUGUGUCCAAGACGAAAACUUUUAUACUGCAUCACAAGGCAAGCUUCCAAUAAAAUGGAUGGCCCCAGAAUCAAUUAAUUAUCGGCGUUUUAGUACUGCUACAGAUGUCUGGAUGUUUGGUGUUUGUUUAUGGGAAAUACUUAUGUUUGGUAUGAAACCGUGGCAAGGCGUUCGGAACCAGGACAUCGUAAUGCAAAUUGAAAUGGGUGAACGUCUUCAAAAGCCUAGUGGUUGUCCUCGAGUGCUGUACGAAUUGAUGUUGCGUAUGUGGAAUUUCGAACCAUCAGAACGACCAUCAAUGUUUGAAGUCAAUCGUUAUCUUAGUUCUCUGUUGGAUCAAAUAGAUUUACAUCUUCCUUACGAAUCACUCACUGCACCUUCAUAUAAUGUAGCACCGGUGUUAGAGGUUGACUCUGAAACGAUGCCGACAUCAACGCUAUGGCGUACAUUGGAGCAGCAAAGGAUACAAUCGGAGGAAGAUGACAGAUGGCUUGAAGAAGAGGAAGAAAAGCUUUUGCCUCUGCCAGCUUUGUCAACUAUUCGUGCUCAGCAUGUUGAAUUACUCUCCAAGAAACAACCUUUAUUAAGCAAACAUGAUGACAUACCUUCGUGUUAUCAAAUUGACCGACGCGAUGACCCAGUAAAUAAAGCCAUUUUUACAGUGGUUGGAUCAAUAACUUAUUUGUCAAAAAAGUUUCAAGCAUCGCUGACAAUUGGUGAAUUCAGCAAAUCAAUUAAAGUUAUUAUCUCUGAACUGGAAAAUUUAUUGAAAGAAUUUUCUCUUACUAUACCGACAUUAAAUGUUUCUGAUCAAGACGAGGUUAAGCUAGUCGGCGUACUUCUAGAGUCAGAUCUGCGUAAUUUAUCUGAAGCACUGAGACAGCUUUCGGAUGAGGAUAAUAGCAGAACAUAUCAUGCAUCGUUACAGAGAAAAGUGCUAAAAAUAACUCAUCGUUUGGCAUUUAACUGUAAACAGUUAUUGGUAGUAAUUGACAGCGCUCGAAUUAGAAGUGGAGUUGCAAAAUUUCAGCCAAAAAAUAUAUCUUCAUCUCCAGAGUAA